UCCCUUCUGAUAAUCACUUUCCGAUCAGCACGUUAUGUCAUCGGAUUUGAACACAACGGAAUCCCCUUCACCGCCGGCAACGGAACCCACCUCUCUUCCACCGCCGCCGCCGCAAAAGCAAGCUCUUCCCGAACCACCAGUACCAACAGCAACGAUCAAAGAUAUUUUGCUGUGGAAGAGGAAGCGUUUGAACAUCGCAGCUAUAGUCAUAUCAACCGCAACAUGGGUGGCUCUCGAGAUUUACAGAUUCAACUUCAUUACGGCCGCGUCAUGGGUGGCCAUGUUCGUCGUCGCCGCCUUCUUCAUCUGGGGCAACAUCGACAGGCUUCUGGGAAAAGAACCGGCGGCCGACAUGUCUAGGGUGUACAUCAGCCAACAAUCCGCCGAGAAGACGGCCGACGUGUUCCGCCGAUGUGUCAACCAAAGCGUUGAGUUUACGCUGCGCCUUGGCGCCGAGAGAGAGUGGUACGUGGUUGCUGCGGCCGUGGCGGCGUUGUGGGUACUCUCAGUUAUUGCAAGCCACCUUGAUCUUCUUACUCUUCUCUACAUAGGUGAGAUGGUUGGGCUUACUCUACCGGUUACUUAUAACAAGUAUGAACAGAAGAUAAAGGAGUCCGGGCAGAGAUUCAAGGUGCUGUACCGAAGAUAUUACAACAUGGUUUUGCAGAAGUCCAGUGAGUUGAAGACGAUGAUGUUGCAGAAGACUGGGGACUUGAAGAAUAAGCUGGCGUCUAAACACAAACACAAAGAGAAGAAGAGAGAAUAGUGAUAAGCUCAUUUGCAUUAUGUAUUCAUGUUUUGGCAAAACUAUGUGUUAUAACGAGUAGUUUGUACUCCAGAUAAUCACCCAAAUUCUCGCAAUAACAGUAUCAUUAAACGAUUUUAAAA